GACCUUCUACAACAAUGCAACUCAACUUCAAUGUGAUGUACAACACAAUUUCAUCCACUUAUUCCUCGUUCCUUAUAUUCAAAUGUUCUUCUAAUUGAAGAUUAUUUAUAAAUAGCUUCCAACUCUAUGGAAUACCAACAAAAAAAAACAUUAACAUUAACCUUAGAGUAUAUAUGGAAAUUGAAGCAAGGCAAGGAGUGGUAGCAAAAAAGCUAUGGAAAAUGGUACGUGUAUUAUUGUUCAUGAUAACAAAAGGCAUAGCCAAGACCAAAACAAUGAUACAUCUCAAUUUGAUCCUCAAACGUGGAAAACUUGCUGGAAAAGGCUUCAUCAACACUCUCAUGAUGAAUCGCCAAUUAUACUAUUCCUCCUUCACAUGUCGCGACAACAGUAAUGCCUUCUUAUCUCCCUGCGAAUACGAAUUCAGCUGCAGCAACACUCCUGUCAACCCUCUCUACCAGUCUAGCCGCCGCUUCUCCAAGCCGCGACAGCGAUGUAAAGAUGUUUUCAUCAUGAACACCAUAGGGGACAGGUAUCAAGUGGAGGCUAUGAGAAAUUCUUCAUUGGAGUUGGAUACAUUGCCUGGUUUUGGGAAGAACUCUGUUGGGAGACAACUGAGAGUUACUGAUUCACCUUUUGCGCUCAAAGAUGAAGGGGACAGUUAUCAGGUGGACAUGGCAGCUGAAGAGUUCAUUAACAACUUCUAUAAACAACUCAAUAGACAAAACAGAUCAAUAGCUACUUAUGAGUCAGCAUACAGUUAAUUAGUUUUCUUAAUUUCCACUUAGUAAUAUUUUUCUUUCCUAUCAGUUACACUUCAAACCGAUUGAUCACUUGUCUUUAGUGAUAUCAUGUGGCUAUGUGAUUUAAAUAUCUUUGAAGUUUGAAAUUUGAUGUGGAGGUUACUUUUUAAGUUUAUAAUAAUUUUCAUAGCCGAAUUAAAAAUGAGUAUUGUACUUGUAACAUAUCAAUUAAUAUUAUUUUAUAUUAUCACA